AUGAGGUCCUCGCCUGCUGACUCGAACCUCGAUUCGAGGGAGAAGAAUCUGAAUCCCGACCUAUACCACGAUCCCGAGAAGCUGGUGGAGAAAUCAAAAGUCAGACAAGAUGCCUUCGGUGAUGAAGAGUUCGCCGAAGUGAAGUACAAAGUACUUACGUGGUGGCAAUGUGGUCUGCUCAUGGUCGCUGAAACAGUAUCACUGGGUGUCCUGUCGUUGCCUGCUGCAGUUGCUGCCAUAGGACUUCUUCCUGCCAUACUCGUCUUGGUUUUCCUAGGCAUCCUGUCCACAUACACUGGCUACGUGAUCGGACAGAUGAAAUGGAAAUAUCCACACAUCACCACCGUGGCCGAUGCAGGCGAAGUGAUAGGCGGCCCAAUUGGCCGUGAAAUCGUCGGCACUGCCUUUGUCAUUUUCCUCAUCUUCGCCAUGGCUAGUCACCUGUUGACCUUCACUGUGGCCAUGAACACCAUCACCAACCACGGCACUUGCUCCAUCGUCUUCGGCAUCGUCGGAAUGAUCCUUUCCUUCAUCUGCUCUCUCCCUCGCACUCUCGCCAAAAUGUCAUGGUUAUCUUUCGUUUCAUUCGGAAGUAUCCUAACAGCAGUCCUAAUCACCAUGAUCGCCGUCGGCAUCUCCGGAAAAGGCGAGGGCGUCGUCGCAGUCGUCCACACAGACCUUUUCCACGGCUUCGGAGCAGUCUGCAACAUCGUCUUCGCCUUCUGCGGCCACGCAGCCUUCUUCGGCCUCAUGGCCGAACUCAAAAACCCUAAAGACUUCACCAAAUCCCUCUGUCUCCUGCAAGGCCUCGAGAUGGCCCUGUAUGUCGUCACCGCCGUGGUCAUCUACCGCUACGCAGGAGACGCAGUCACAUCCCCAGCCCUGGGCUCCGCCUCGCCGGUCGUCGCGAAGGUCGCCUACGGCAUCGCCCUCCCCACCAUCAUCAUCGCGGGCGUCAUCAACGGCCACGUCACAAUCAAGUACGUCUACCUGCGCAUCUUCCAGGGCACAGACCGCAUGCACAAGCGCGACUGGGUCGCCACAGGCACCUGGAUCGCCAUCGCCGUGGUGUUGUGGGUGAUUGCAUGGAUUAUUUCCUCCGCGAUCCCUGUGUUCAGUGACCUGCUCAGCCUGAUCACCGCGCUAUUCGCUAGUUGGUUCACCUUCGGACUCAGCGGUAUCUUCUGGCUAUUUAUGAAUAAGGGAAAGUGGUUCUCUUCGAAGAGGAAAAUUGCUCUGACCGUGCUGAACUUGUUUGUUUUUGCUAUCGGUGUCACUAUCUGUGGUCUCGGUCUCUGGGUUUCUGGAAAAUCUAUCCAUGAUAACCCCAGUAGCUCCAGUUUCUCGUGUGCGAACAAUGCUUAA